AUGGCUCUAGGCACCUUUCGUGGAAGGUCGCGUACAUUGCGCCAGUCAGAGGCUAGUUCCUCGCCUGCUCAUAAGCACGCAGACGCGCGGCCGCGCAAGAAUUCCGGACGUCACGAACCAAGCGCAAACUUGCCUCAGGACUCCGCACGCCCAAAGACGGCAGAGCAGCAGCAGAGGCAUAUGCAGGAUGCCAAUCCUGGUUUUGAUUUCCAGAUCCCAGCAACCCCUUCGAAUGCCAUGACUUCGCCAACGAGCCCAAUCAUCUCGCCAACAGACGGCUUGAUUGGUGUCGCACUAGGAAGCCCCCGCAUGGUCGAGGUGCCAAUGGCAAUGUCGCAAGAGCAGCAGUUCGAGAGGCCUCCGGAGGCCCCAGUGCGACCAUCGCUACAGCGCAAACCAAGUAAAUGGAAGAAAAUCGGAGGACUAUUCAAAGCAAAGAGUGCAUUGAGUGCACCUGUUCCUAACCAACCCUUCUAUCAUGUCCAACCGACUCCUGAGUGGCCAAUGCCAGCUUCUGCAGUCUCCAUUAACCGACGCCAACCGAUACUCGAGGAGAGCCCCAAUCUUGACGAGAAGCCCAUACUCGAGGAGGAGCCCAAACCCAGGGAUGUCCAUAAGAAGGCCGACCCCAGGCUCGAUGAUCAACCCAGCCCUAUCGAAGCUUGGCCAUCCCUGGAACUGGAACCAACGCCGGAACCAACGGCCCUGAAGCACGAACAGACGGCUGCCAUAAAUGAGCCAUCUCAGACCAUUAAUGCAUCCUCGAGCUUCAUGCCCAUACUCCAGAUUGAUAUUCCUGAUAUCCAACUGGAACGGUACAGUGUUAUGUUUGGGGGAGUUCUGCAGAAGAACAGACCCCCAUCGUUGAAUCGACGGAGCAAGACGCUGAAUGAUGCAGACACAGAAGAGGCGAAGCAACCGUCGCCUCCGUCGCCAGAAAUGGUUCCUCCUCGUCGAAGGGCGACCUCACCAACGCGUUCACGGUCUAAUUCUCCGAACUUCACACUGUUUCCUGCCACCCAAGUCAGCAAGGCUUCGAAGGUCCUGGGAUCGCAGAACAUACCCCGUGGCCCUAGCCCAUUACACAAGUCUCAGACAUCAUCAGCCGAGUCUCAUCGAGAGGAUGUGUCUAAGGAUAAGAGCCAUCUCGUUCUCAUGGUGCAUAGUUCCCCGUCCUCGCACAAGCAACAGAGUUCCGUGUCAUCGUUCCUAUCAGCAACAUCUAUCAGCUCCGAGGACGAAAGACUCCUCCUGCAGAAACUCAAGCCGGUGCGCAGCUACGUUGAUGAGCGAGAGCCCGAAUGGGAGAUCAUCAACAAGAAGUCCCCAACCACCAGCGAGCCUGUGCCUCCCAUCCCUCCUGCCAUCCCGCGGCCGAAGGCUCCUGCCACCCUGACGAUCAACACGCAAGUGCCGCCCAUCAGGACUUCUGCUGAUUCCCGAAGCGAAGCGUCAUCGCCCUUUUCUUUCGUCUCAUCCGCCAAGUCGCCCAACACACCUCGCAGCAGAACCAACCUUCCAGCGCGGUCUCCCACAGUCAGCCACGCCAGCACCAGCACCACCAGCGCCACCACUACCCCAAUUGCAGCCCGACGAUUCCCACUCGGCGACGAGAGGAAGAACGCCAGCACGUCAGACCUGAACAAGCCUCUCCCCACUGUGGAAAUCUCCAUUGCCCGAUCCGUCUCCGUCUCCAGGGGUAAGGAGAUCUCCAUCGCUCGAUCCGUCUCCGUCUCCAGGGGCAAGAAACAAAUGAUCGUCCCCAUCCGGCCCCGGCUAGACCGCGCCAACACCACCGCCACGGAUCGGGUUGUGGAAACCAGGAUCGCUCGUCCGCCGCCUCGCCUUCGAGACGGUGGAGACCUGAGCCCUAGACCUGGAUCUACUCGAACCGUCCGUGUCGGCAACUUCAUUUGA